GCAGGUUUGCAGCCAGCCCCCAAGGGGGUGUAUACUACGCUCUGUGCUAUAAAUACAGGCGCGCUCCGGUCGCUGGUGCGGCGUAGCCAGCGGGAGCGCACCGGCCCGGGUGCAGCGAAACGGGAAACGAGGCGUGCUAAGAUUCCAGAAUUGAGGAGGCGAGAUGAAGACUCUCCUGCUGCUGCUGGGGCUGGUGCUGAGCUGGGAGAAUGGGCAGGUCCUGGGAGCCAAGGACAUCCAGGACAAGGAGCUCCAGGAAAUGUCCACGCAGGGGAGCAAGUACAUUAAUAAGGAGAUAAAAAAUGCCCUCAAGGGGGUGAAACAGAUCAAGACGCUCAUAGACCAAACCAACGAGGAGCGGAAAUCGCUGCUGGUCAGCCUGGAGGAAGUCAAGAAGAAGAAAGAGGGCGCUCUGAACGACACCAAGGAGUCGGAGCUGAAGCUGAAGGAGUCCCAGGGCGUCUGCAACGAGACCAUGGCCGCCCUGUGGGAGGAGUGCAAGCCCUGCCUGAAGCAGACCUGCAUGAAGUUCUACGCGCGCGUCUGCAGGAGCGGCUCGGGGCUGGUUGGCCGUCAGCUGGAGGAGUUCCUGAACCAGAGCUCGCCCGUCUACCUGUGGGUGAACGGCGACCGCAUCGACUCCCUGCUGGAGAACGACCGCCAGCAGACGCACGUGCUGGGCACCAUGCAGGACAGCUUCGACCGGGCGUCCAGCAUCAUGGACGAGCUCUUCCAGGACCGCUUCCACGGCCGGGGGCUCCAGGACCCCCGCCUGUUCUUCCCCUUCGCCUCCCCGCCCCGGAGGUCGUUCUCCUUCAGUCCCAGGUCCCGCUUCGCCCGGGACAUAGUGCCCUUCCGCGCCUUCCAGCCCCUGCACUUCGAGGACAUGUUCCAGCCCUUCUUUGAGAUGAUCCGCCAGGCCCAGCAGGCCAUGGAGGCCCACCUGCACAGCGUGCCUUACCAGUUCCCCAUGGCCGAGCUCGAGGACACCCCUGGCCACGCCGAUGACCGCACCGUGUGCAAGGAGAUCCGCCACAACUCCACCGGCUGCCUGCGGAUGAAGGAUCAGUGUGACAAGUGCCAGGAGAUCUUGGCCGUGGACUGCUCCGCCGAGAACCCCGAGCAGGCCCUGCUGCGCCAGGAGCUGAACGCGUCGCUGCAGCUGGCCGAGAGGUUCUCCCAGCUGUACGACGAGCUGCUGCGGUCCUACCAGCAGAAGAUGCUCAACACGUCCUCGCUGCUGAAGCGGCUCAACCAGCAGUUCAGCUGGGUGUCCCGCCUGGCCAACCUCACGCAGGGCGAGGACCUGGACUACCUGCAGGUCACCACGGUGAAUUCCCACUCCUCGGACGCCGACAUUCCCACUGGCAUCACUAAGGUGGUGGUGAAGCUGUUCGACUCCCCUCCCAUCAUGGUGACGGUCCCCGAGGAAGUGUCCAGGAACGACCCCAAGUUCAUGGAGACCGUGGCGGAGAAAGCGCUGCACGAAUAUCGCCGGAACAACUGGGAGGAGUGAGCUGAGAGGCCGCUGAGAGCACCGCAUGUCACCGGGCCCGCCCCGCCCCAGCCCCUCCCCGGCUGCGGGACCCACUAACGCCCACGCGCUGGGGGGGAGGCCCCCCCCCCGCCGGCCACUAACCCAAUAAAGCUGCUUGUCAUCUGAA